UAGGAAGAGGACACAGCCGCUCAAAGACGACGACGCUAAGGCUAGGCACGGCACGAUUGCCCGUCAACGCAGGGCAGCCUUCAAGGGGGCCGAUGCGCAAGUCGAAGACGCCGUGCUCCGGAGGAAGCUAGGACCGAUGCAAUCUCCAUGGCAUUGGGAUUUCUGGUGGUGGCGGCAAUUGUCACAGGAUGCCUGCCACGGGCGUCAUCGGUGAUAUACGUCCCCUAUAUCAUGGAAGAUGCCUGCGAUGGCCUGCCACGCACGGUCCAGCUUCCGCCAACCGGUCCCGGCUCGGCCAUCAUCAUGCGUUCCCAUCAGGGGGCGCACUACAAGUCUGGCCUCACGUGCAACUUCAUCGUCAAGACGUCGAGCGACUACCGCAUCGUGGUCGUCUUCGAGACGAUCCAGUUCCCGGGGACCACUCGGAACUGCUCCGAUUCCUUGCUGCUGUCGAAUGCCGAACAAGUCGACGGGCCAAUAUGUACUUCGGACGUGAAGGAGGUGGUCAGCAGGGGAAACGUCAUGAAUGUCACCUGGAGCACGGGAGGCGGAGAGCCCGCGUCCAACAACGAUGGCUUCGAAGCCAUCGUCACCGCCUACAAACCCGGAACAACGUUCUGCACCUUCAGCCAGUUCAAGUGCGCCAACCACCGCUGCGUCGCUGACAACUUCGCCUGCGACGGCCACAACAACUGCGGCGAUAACAGCGACGAGAAAUGCGACUUCGGUACGAGCUUCUGGCGCUCCUUCGGCUCGAUGUCGGUUAUGAUGAUAGCCGUACUGGUCAUGGGCGUUUGCAUGGUGAUGCCGUUGGUGGCUCGCGCCUGCUUCGGUUCGCCCGAGGCACAGCAGCAACAGCCGGCCUGCAUCGUUCAGCAAGCCGAUGGGACGUAUCGGGUGGUGAACGCGAACGCCGUACCCCCUACUCCUUAUCCCGGCAUGGGCCCCGCACCGGAGGCCUCGCAGCAGCAGCCUCAAGCGAUGGGCCAGUUCACGGGCGCCACGGGUAUACCCGUCAACUUGGAAACCGGUCGCUUGAUGCGAUUUCAAGCACCUCCUGAAGACCUGGCCAACGUUGACUAUCCGCGCACCGCUGUGAACAACGUGAACCCGAUCGUCAUGAGCUUGCCAGAAACCUCGGUGCCUUCGCUUCCGGACGCGUUUGGCGAAUCACAGCCUGCCUUCACCAGUGUCAGACCUCACCAGCAUCCGGCUCCGCCGUCCGGAUUUGCCGACCUCCAACAGCCGUUCCGCGCCGCCAACGCGCAGAUCCCUCAAAGACAGAGGACGCCCUUGUUCCAGCAUAGCCAUCCGCCACUGAGCCUCUACGACCAGCCAGACCCUAUGCGCCCUUUCCCGGUCUUCGGCAUGGGUGGUGGGCCUUUCGGACCAGUGCCUUUCGGUGGCGGUCCCAUAACCCUCGGCGGACCAAUGGGCAUGCCAUUCGGCGGUCCCAUGGGCGCCUUUCCUCCUAGAAUGCCGGCGCUAAUCAUCAUCGAGACCGGGGACGACGACGACUCGCAGUUCCAAGAGCCGGUACACCUUCACGGCGGUCUGCUACCGUCGAGCACGAGCUCUUCCAACCAGGAGGCAGUCUUCCCGACACUGCUGCUUCAGCAAAGACAGCAGGAAAUGCAGCGGCAGCGGGCUGCUGAAGAGGAAGAACACCGGCCAGCAGCCAGGCGGCGCCCGAAGCACCGUCACGGAACCGGUGGGGCCGCCGCGAACCUUUCCCCUCCCACUGGUGGCACCGAGUCUCAGGGCGGCAACGAGGAAAGCAAAGAGGACAACAACGAAGCCAAGAGGCAGCAACGUCAUGCAGGCAAAGCUUCGCCGCGAGUUCCGCCGGCGACGGGGGCCAUUGCGCAGCCCGCGCCACCACCGAAAACUGCAAACAAGAAGGACACUCAGAAGGACGCCGUCGGGGAAGCCGAAAAGACGGUCAUGCGCAUCGACCGCAUCGAGACCCUCGCUUCUGCGGCAGCCGCUCUGCAAAAGAUGGGGCUGUUCGGGCGGCCCAUUAGCGCUCCUUCGGGUAACGACUGCAUCGGGCCCGAUGCCAUGGUCAUCAGGCGUGCCAAGUCUCAGUGGGACGCCCCGCUCGACUCGAACCACGAGCAGAACAAGAUCAUCUACGACUUGCCCUCAAUUUCGACGUACGAGUACGCCAGCGUGUGGUCCAACACGUCCUCCACGUACAGCGAGACGACGAUGACGACCACGGAGACAGACGGGAGCCGAGGCACUCAGCUGCAGACGACGGGUGACGACAGCGACGUGAACUACUUGAGGCCCACGGUUUCGCUUGAGAACAUCACGGUCCUCGACAAGGCUCAGCAGCGUGACAAAGAACUAAGGGAACGGAGAGCUGCAAAGAAGCGGGAGUAGUUGUUGCAUGCGUCUAAACCGCCUUCGCACUGAGCAUGCUUUCGAACCUUUCUUAACAAUACUCUGCUUCAAAUCAUUGCUCAGACCCACAGCUAUUGACUGAGAAGGCGGCACGCGAGAUUUAGCACAAGCUUCCGCGUUAAUGCCAGCUACGACAGCUGCGAGCUUUCCGACAUAUACGGUGGUCGAAAGCGAGUUGUCACCCUGAUCACGUCACUGUGCAUGCCUCUGUGCCGGAUACUGCUUGAAUAAAUAAAAUGUUGGAGCUUUCGUGCUCACGGACAAGCUAUUGCAACUUUAGGAACGCACGUAACCGGUAAUAAAUUUUCGGCGCACUAUCAUGGAA